GGUAGUCUAAACGCUUGCUUCAUUGUCUCUGAUUUGGCCUCAGAACAUGGUUUACUCGUACCUGUUCGUGCAACGUUGUCAAGAGCAUGGCACUGAGCCGCAACCUCGUCAUGGAUAUCCAUCGUUUGCCACUUGCUCGUCGAGAAUGAGCCUUUCUAUAAAGGUAGCUGAAUGGCCGAGCUGAUGUCUCCUCAGUUCAAGCAUCUUCACCUUCUCACAACAUGUUGGGUUCUCUUCUGAUCGCAGCUGGAGCCUUCUCCUUCGCUGAUGCAACACCUUUCAGGCGUCUUCAAGCCCGCCAACAAGUCGAGAAUGCCCUCAUUUGUGUGCCUACAACCAUUACUCGUACGGCCACAAGCUUGGUGCCCAUCAUCACCACCAUUCCAGAGUGUGUCGGCAAUGCUUGCGGUAUCAACACUGUUACACAGCAAGGACAAGGAGUUGUGACUUCAACACUCACUGGUGUCAACGGUCAGCCCGGCGAUGUCAUUGGCGGAACUACUUUCAUCAACCCGGCCAACACUGUGCAAAACGCGGCCUUCAACUCCUUCACAAUUUGCGAUGAUCAAUGCACUGUUGCUGGUGUUGGAUUUCCCCAAGGGCAGACUGUCUUCUUUACAAGCAACCAGCCCGUUCAACCCGGAACGACGACUCUCGGUGGUACAACUGUCACAAAUGCCAAUGUGCCAGUUACCAUCGCAGUACCACAGACAAAUGUUUUCAUUUCCACUAUUGUCAAUGGUCAGACCGUCACAAACCCCAACCAGGUUGUUACUAUUGAGGUUCCUAUUCCUGGCGGUGUUAGCACUGUUACGCGCACUGUGACAGACAUCAUCACCCCACCUGCUCCACCAGCUACGACACAAGCACCUCCACCACCUCCUGGUACCACUAUCGUCGUGACUGUCACACCGACCCCUCCUCCGCCAGGUCCGCCAGGAACGACUGUCUUGACAACAAUCACAUCGUCGAUUGGCAAUGUUCCUGGUACGACUGUCACCGAGACGCGCACAUCGACUGGUCCAGUGACGACACAGACCACUACGCAAACUGUCUCGAGCACUCCACCUAUUUUGUCGACUGAUUUGAGUCCUCCUCCACCAAACACGAGCUCCUCUAGCGAAUCGGGUACACCUCCCGUUACUCUCAGCUCGACCUCGACUGUGGUCAUUUCUCCUCCAGUCACCUCGAGCUCGACUGUGGUCACCUCUCCUCCAGUCGUUUCGACAACUGCUGUCGUGACUACGGCUACAAGCAGCACAUCAGCUUCGGCAUCUCCCUCUGCCAGCAUCCUAGCUGGCCCGGCUUGCACGAACAACUUGGAUUGCCAGGGCAAGGGUUUGCCUGUUGCAAUCUGUCUCAACGCCACUGGAGUCCCAGUGGUUGGCAACAUACCAAUCUCGGGCGGAACCUGCGCUCUUUCUGCCCUUUUGCCAACUGGCAUCGCAGGUCUCAAUCUCACUUGCACGACCAACGCUCAGUGUACCGGUAUUGGCCUCCAGACAUGUGUCGCUGCCGGGCUUCCACUCGUCGGUGAUGCCCUUACCUCUGCCGGCACUUGUCUCCUUGGUGUCGUUUCAGGCACUGGCACCGGACCAUCGAAUCCUCAGACCACUCUUCUUGGUCUCCUCUCUGUUGGCCAGCAAUGCACAUCGAGCUCUCAGUGUACACUUGGUUUGUGUCUGCCGUCACUCGUGAAUGGUCUGAGCGCUUGCGCUGACCCAAGUCUCGUCCCCAUUCUCGCUGGUGGCACUUUGCCCUCGCCUCUCAACAACUUGCCUGUCGUCGCACCGAUCGCUACUGCCGUGGUAGGCCUUGCAAGCACUAUUCUUGGACCGCUUGUACCCACUGGUAGUCCGCUGGCACCUGUACUUGACCCCCUCGUUUCGGGAGUACUCAGCGCUUUGCCACUGACUGACAUCUUGGGAGGAGUUGCAACAGCUUUGCCUCAGUUGCCCCUUGUUUCGGAAGUGCUCAGCCUUGUCAACCCGACUGCUACGAAUGGUCUCGCCGCGCCAGUCCAAUCGCUUCUGAACGGUGUCGGCGACAUCGUCGGCCCAGUGCUUGGUGUCCCAGCGCCUACGACUCUUGUAACGCAGCCAGCGGCCCUGCCUAGCCUCCCAGUCGUCGGCGAAAACGGCGGUGUAAUCCCUGCGGUCAACAGUAUCGUCGCGCCUAUCUUGGAUCUACUCACUCAACCAACACAGGCGCCAGCUGCACCAGCCCUGCCUAGUUUACCUGCGGCUUUGCCCACUUUGCCUACUGAGCUGCCUGUUGCUCUGCCAACUGCUGCUCUGCCAACUGCUGCUCUGCCAAGCCUGCCUUCUGCUCUGCCAAGCCUGCCUUCUGCUCUGCCUAGCGUGCCUGAAAUUCUGGCCCCUGUCGUUGAGGCCGUUACCGGCGCUGGCUCCGGCGCUGGAACUAGCCCGGUUGCACCUGUCACUAGCGCCAUUCCUGGUGCAAGCACCGGUGGACUCGGUGGUAUCCUAGAUCCAGUUGUGGCGGCCGUUGAGCCAGUCGUGGGAGCUGUUACCGGCGCAUUGACUGGCGGAUCCACUGGAAGCACUGCCCCUACCACAGGUUCACCCAUUGCUCCUGUUCUCAACGGCCUCGGACUAUAAGCGUUCGAUGCUUUACGACUUCCUACAUCUCGCACACUCAUUCAUUUCUGAUGCAUAGGUCACUAACCGGGCCGAUUAUGGAUAUAUAUAUGUAUAUAAAGAUACUUUUAAUUAAUGUACACAUCAUCUACAAACCCUUCUGUUUUACUAGACAAGUGACUUGUAACCA